CCAUGCCCAAGUCCUUCCUGGUGAGGAGUCGCCGGCCGAGGCCCCGAGACUGGGCCCACCUGGCCGACCAACACCGUGGAGACGCCUACGUGCCAGGUAACCCUGCCCCUCGCCCUCCGCCGGGCUUCGGACGAGGGCUGGAGGAGGGACCCCCGGGCGGGGACCUACCGCCUCACCCGCUGCCGGUAAGGGCCGGGGCCCCGGGGCCCCCGAGCCCCCGGCGGGAGGGGGAGCCCGGGGGGCCGGCCGGCCGCGGGGCCGAGCGUCCCCGGUGCCCGCAGGCCGGGCGGGGGGCCGCGGGGGGCCUGGGCUGCCCGCUCUGCCCCAAAGCCUUCCCGCUGCAGCGCAUGCUGACCCGCCACCUCAAGUGCCACAGCCCCGCCCGCCGCCACGUGUGCCGCUGCUGCGCCAAGGGCUUCCACGACGCCUUCGACCUCAAGCGCCACAUGCGGACGCACACCGGGAUCCGGCCGUACCGCUGUGCCACCUGCGCCAAGGCCUUCACCCAGCGCUGCUCGCUUGAGUCCCACCUGGGCAAGGUGCACGGGCAGCCGCCGCGCUACGGCUACCGCGAGCGGCGCGAGAAGCUGCACGUGUGCGAGGACUGCGGCUUCACGAGCGGGCGGCCCGAAGACUACGCCCGCCACCGCGCCCUGCGCCACGGCCCCGCGCCCGCCCCCCACCUGCUCCUCUACCCGCCGCCGGGCCCCUACUCCUGAGCCGCGGCCCGGUGCCUUGCCCUCUCUGUGCGGGGGAAACCA